AUGUCUGACUAUCCAGCUACCUCCAGAGCAGUACCACCACCACAGACUUCUCCACCAAAACCCUCAGCUGCUACAAUUUCAGUGCCACGACAAACUUAUUCUCCACCUAAACCCAGAAGCACAACCAUUUCAUUACCCAGUACUGCUCGGGAGCCUAGUCCCAGUUACAUUCCACCUACCAGAACCCUUAAGCCUGUGAAUAAUUCCCCACCUCAGUCGCCUAGCAGGCCCAAACCUACUGUCCCGCCACCCUCUCCUCUCAAACUGCCACCAUCUCAGUUAAGGUCCAGCACUGUAGAUCAAACUGAUCAAAGGAUUCCAUUAGAGACUGAGCAGAAGACGGUGCUGGUCCAAAAGACCAUUGAUCAAAAGCCGACUUCCUGGUUCAGUACUGGAGUCUCAAAGCAGGAUCAUGACUCUACUCGUGAGUCCCAAAGGCCUGGAAAUCAUGCCCACCAUGCAAAGAAGGAAGAGAAAAUCACCAAGAAGAAGUUAUCAUCUGAUUCUGAGGAGGCUCCAGGCAUGAGGGUUAUAACUCUUGCAGGUGAUAACAAAGGGGCUUAUAUGGAACUCAUUCAAUCCCCUAAUAAACAUCAUGAGCAACGUGGGGAGCAUUCUCAUUAUCUUUUCAAGAAAGGCCACAAUGGUAAGUCGGCACAGACAGUUGGGAGUCAUGAAUCUGAUAAAAGCUACAGCAGCAGCAGCAGUGGCGAGGAAGGCAAGCCAAAAAUGAAGGACAAAAGUCACCACAAAGGAAUUAAGGCAGGGAGCUCAUCACUGCUGCCUCUGAGUUCAUUCACAAACAGCAAUGUUCAAGGUAUCAACAACUCCAUUGUGUACAACAGUUCCUGCACUCACCAUGACCCAGGCGUGCACCUUGCUCUCACUAGGAAGCCCAAUGGGGAUGGAUUCGAUGUCAAGAACCAUGUCAAUGGCCGACACAGUUAA